AUGCUAGAUGAAGGCUCGACGGUUACACUCAUCGAUGCGGAGAUCGCAGAACAGAUCGGAGCCGAAGGUCCGACGCGAUCUCUGAGAAUUCAGGGAGCGGCCUCGAGCUGGCACGAAGCCUCAAGCCGAGUGGCUGAUGUCAUCAUCAGAGGGCGACACCAUACGGACGAAGAACACUCGGUGAGGGCGCGUACGAUCCGGGAUCUCACCCUAGGAACGCAGCGAGUGAACCCGGAAAUACUCGCGUACGGACACCUGCGACAACUCACUUGCGAGCAAGUGUGCUACGAAGAUGCCAGACCCAAGGUCUUGAUCGGGUCAGACAACUGGCAUCUGAUUGUUACGCGGAAGCUGCUCACAGGAAGGCACAAUCAACCCGCAGCGUCGCUGACACGACUGGGAUGGGUCAUCCACGGAACGGUACCCAGAAGUGUCGUGGAAGACGAGGAACAUGUCCUCCACGUGCGGUUGACACAGCGCAACGCCGAGCCAGACAUGCGGCAUAUAGAGGGCAUAAUAAAAGCGCAUUACGACAUCGACGCGUUGGGUAUAUCGUCGAAGAGAUUACCCAUCGCUAAGGAGGAGCGCGCCGUCGCCACAUUCAACUGCACAGCGACGAGAGUGGAUGGGCGAUACGUCGUAGGAUUGCCGUGGGAGAGAGAUAACGUCAUUCUACCUCCCAGCUACGACAUGGCAGCGAGCCGACUGAGGGGAAUAGAGCGGCGGAUGGAUCGCUCUACGGAAUUCCGGCUGGCGUAUACCGCGGAGAUAAACAAGUUGUUGGACAAGGGUUACGCCGAGAAAGUAACCGACGACCGGUUCGACAACGACCGCGCGUGGUACCUUCUCCAUUUCGGAGUGACGAAUCCGAAUAAACCCGGAAAGCUGCGACUCGUAUUCGACGCCGCGGCCCGUUCGAAGGUAAUUUGCUUGAACGACGCACUGCUGGAUGGGCCAGAUAUGCUACGGUCGCUUAACGGUGUGUUAUACCGUUUCCGCGAGAAGCCCGUAGCUAUCACGGCGGACAUACGAGAGAUGUUCCUGCAGAUUAAGAUACGGGAAGAAGAUAGAGCAGCACAACAGUUUCUGUGGCGAGGAGAUGACAGGAUUAACCCGCCGCAGAAAUACGUAAUGACCUCAAUGAUUUUCGGGGCGAGGAGCUCACCGUUCAUCGCACACAGCGUUCGAGACAGGAACGCGGCAGAGCACCGAGAGUCGCACCCGUCAGCGUACACCGCCAUAACAAGGAACCACUACAUGGACGACUGGGUCGAUAGCUUUGACUCCGAAGAGGAAGCAGCCCGCGCCAUACGAGAGGUAGCAGAGGUUCAUGGCGGGAUAGGAUUCACGCUGGCGGGUUGGAAUACAAACCGACCGAGCCUGCUAGAGAAUGUGAGUGAGGACCAGCGAGCGAGGACGCCGAAGGAACUGGGAGCCAACGCACAUCCAUACGGAAAGACAUUGGGGUUAUUGUGGAUGUCAGCCGAAGACCAGCUGGCGUUCAACACCGGCAUGCCACGCGUCCCACGAGAAGUGAAGCACGGCACACGGAUACCGACGAAAAGGGAAGCCCUAGGAGCGGUGAUGUCAUUGUUCGACCCGCUCGGGCUGCUGAGCCCUUACACCAUCACGGCAAAAAUCAUCUUGCAGGCGCUGUGGGUGCAGAAGGUCGAAUGGGAUGACCCUCUGCCCGCCGAGGAAGCGCGGACGUUCCAGGAAUGGAGAGACGACCUAGCGUAUAUAGAGGAACUAAGAUUGCCGCGAUGGUAUGGCACGAACGACAGCCAACGGUCGCAACUGCACGUAUUCACGGACGCAAGCGAACAGGCAUAUGCCACAGCCGCGUAUUGGAGGACGGAACGCGAGGAUCGUAGCGUUAACGUCGUCCUGGUAGCAGCCAAAGCGAGGGUAGCGCCCAUGAAAGCGCAGAGUAUACCCCGGAUGGAGCUUCAGGCGAGCCUGGUAGGACCCCGACUGGCCGCUGACGUACUGAAAGGACGUCGUCGCGCGGCCGAAGUCUUCCUAUGGACGGUCUCGAAGAAGACGCUACAUUGGACUAGGAACGACACCGCUCGAUACAAUCCACACGCGGCCCGCCGGAUGGCAGAAAGCGCCGAACAUACAGAACCAACACAGUGGCGCUGGGUACCGACCGCCCACGACGUAACUAACGACGCGACCCGCGCGAGAUAUACAAUACGGACCGCCGCCGACAGAUCCGUCGGGCCGGCGCUUGUAUACGCUCCAGAGAAAGAACGACCCAAGGAAAGCAAGCCCGUCCCUGCAGAGACAGUAGCCCGUGCCCGGGCAAAGGCAAAGCCCGUAAUGGACAGAAUGCGGUUCUCCUCAUAUGACCGAGUGAGGAGGACCCCGGCACAGGUGCUGCUGCUCGCAGAAGAAUACAGGCGACGGGCAUGGAAGCUGGGCCGGGAGCGCCCCGCCGAAGCGGGGAAAUGA